AUGGCAAAGACCACGAACACCCCGAAGACGUCGGCCGGAAAGUCAGCUGCCAAGUUGUCGAAGAAGGUAAUUAAGGGCGCACACGGUAAAGUGCUGAAGAUUCGCACCAAGGUUCACUUUUACAAGCCCAAGACACUGCAGCUGGCCCGUGCACCGCUGUAUGCCCGGAAGGCUGUGCCGUCACGCAACAAGUUGGACAAGUAUCGCAUCAUUAAGUCUCCGCUUACGACUGAGUCAGCUAUGAAGAAGAUUGAGGACAACAACACGCUUGUGUUCUUGGUGGACUUGCUGGCUAACAAGCGCCAGAUUAAGGAUGCCGUGAAGCAACUUUACGACAUCAAGGUAGCCAAGGUCAACACGCUCAUCAGACCUGAUGGCCAGAAGAAGGCAUACGUGCGCUUAACUGCUGACUACGACGCUCUGGACGUGGCCAAUCGCAUUGGUGUGAUCUAA